AAAAAACCAAAAAAAAAAAACAACAAACACAAGUCGCGAAAAGUGCAUCGGAUUAUUGAUUAUUGCCGUAUAAGUUCAUAGUCGUUGUUAAUUUCUUUGAGGGAAAUAUUUGGAAUUAUACCGAGCCAGAUGUUCGCCCCAGAGAAACCCACAAAGCCCACGGAAUUGGCUGCUCACGAUGAUGCCGCCCUGGCUGCUUCAGCUGCUAAUGCCGUGGAACAGUGGCGUACUUAUCAGAAUACCUACGCCCUGUAUCAGCAACAACAAGCGGCAUACGAGCAGUAUAUCGAAAAACAAUCAACGCUGACCAGUUUAGAGGAGCAACAACAAGCUUAUAACCAAUAUUUGGAGGCUCACACAAAUUACCAGAAGCAGCUGGAAAUGUAUGAACAGCAAAAAUCCUACAACGAAUACUAUUCGGGAGCCCCUACAGUCGGAGCUUCUGUGGCUGCUGCUCCAGCUCCUUUCUAUCCGGCGUCCGGCGGAAAUGUUCCGAUGCCUUUUCAACCGAACCAGCCGAUGCCUGUUCCACCGGCUUUCUCGACUCCGCUGGCUGCAGUUGAUCCCUACUACGCCCAAAUGAACGAACAUCGACGGGAUCCUUCGACUCUCAAACAUCGAUCAUCUGAUUCCAGUAGAAGAUCUAAAGCCUACACAACGACCAAUUUCUACGCUAAUCCCGAGGAUGAGUUCUUGCUCCCCGCCGAGUUGAAGCAACAGUUCAAGGAACUGGAAUGCUGCCUGUGCGUCUGCAAGAUGAACUCGCACAUUUCAUCGAACAUUCAUUACCAGUCGAAAGUACACGAGAAAAAGGUUGUCCUGUGGUUAAAGGAUUGGUGCAAGCAAACGGGAACGCCAAUGCCGCACCGGGCACGUCGCCAGCAGGAACCGGUAGAACCCGUUGGCCCGAAUUCAAUGCGCUGUGACGCGUGCGAUUUGACGCUGACUUCGAUCCAGCAUGCCAACCAGCACUACACUGGCAAAAGGCAUCGCAUGGUGGUAAGCGGCAAAAAGGCCCCAACCGGAAGUGGUUUCGUUAAUCGAGAGGGUCGCUGGGUCCGAACUAAAACGGAUGAAAAUCCCGGUAGAUUUGGCAUCGGAACUACAUUUGUACAGAAAGAACGUUACAAUGUUCAUGAUGCCAAGCGAAUGCGCCUGGAACCACCACCUGAACCUCCGAUGUCUGUAAAGGAGGUUUUGACUGACGCUUCUCAAGCUGUCGCAACCAGCAGUAGCGCAACGGUUCUUUCAGCAAUUCAGCCACAGUUAUUUGUACCACCAUCAAAGGCACCGGCUGUCCUUCCGUCAACUCCAGCAACGGUAACGACUCCUGUCACACCAACAUUCGCCUAUCCUGAGGUUGUCCAAAAUACUGUAGAAGCUGAAGUCCUGAAGAAGGAAAGUGCCGACUGCGUCGAUAGCAGCGGAGUUUUUUGCAAGGUUUGUCAAAUUUCUGUUACUUCGGUCGCCGUAAUGGAAACUCACUUAAAAGGAAUUAAACACUUGAAAAAGUUGAAAUCAGUCGGUCGCAUGCUGCCUCCGGAUGGCUCGAGCAUUAGUGCUAUUGGUGGGGACAGUAUUCUUUCUUCCCUGAACAAACCGGUGCAACAAAACGAUUGGUCUUUGUAUCGUAUGCCAUCUGGCAAGUACUACUGCAAAUCUUGCAACACAAUAGUGGCGGAUGAGAAAUUGUUCGCCCAGCAUUGGUAUGGCAAAAAACACAAGCUCAAGGUUAAGCAAGAGUCAGAUGACUCUAUGAAAUCAACUGGUGCUCCGAAAGCUAAAAAACCUCGUAUUUUCAACAAACGCUCGUCCUUCAGAGGUCGAUCAAUGCCGAUAUCGCAGUACUAAAUUAUAUAUAAUAUCUACAUAUUGGACACAUUAUAUUGGAAUAUAUAUAUAUAUAUUAUAAGAACAUUUAACAUUUGUAUUGAUUACAAAAAAUAUUUGUAAGCAUUAUAUUUCAAAUAAAAUGAUCCAUUAUUGUGU